GCUCGCGCUGAUAACGCGACGCCAUGCCGACCUGCGCACGCGCCUAGCGUCAACUGCUCUUAAUGGAUAUCGAGUGCUACUGACUCCUAUGGAUUUUGUGAUUGAAUGUGCUAAGUGUUUGGAUUAAUAAUAUUAAGAAUUUUAAUAACUUUUUAAAGUGAUUUGGAGCGAUUACGUUUUCGAGAAUUCUGUACUCUUCUCUACGAAAGCGUACGAAAACCGCCGCCAAACUGUCUACCGCAAAUGAAAUUAUUCUCAACUACCACGUGGAAGCGCUAAUAGGUCGGUGGCGCACGAGCCCGAUGAGCGCGUGCGCUGCGGCCGCCAUGCGCGAAAAGCACGCGGCUCCACGCCGCCUGGCAUCCCCGCCAUCUUCGCCGCUAGAUCACCACCCCAGCCCACUAGGCUCACCACGGGCCGACGAGCCGCUCGACCUCAGAGUCACUCACAAGCGCCCGCAGAGGCUCGAAGAUGAAAACUGCAACCUGAUUACUCCCUCACCGCCACCACACCCCACACACCCAGCACAUCCAGCUCAUCCAGCGCACCCUGCGCUCCUGCAAUUCUGCAGAAGGCUACCCUUAGCAUUGCCAGCGUCAUUUGGACGUUACCCCUUUCUUCCAGCAGCGGCUGCAACACUCCUCACCCCUGGAGCCCCUAGACCGCCACCGCUGCCCCAAAACCCUGGUGUGAACAGAGCGCGGGACCGCUACACGUGCUCCUACUGUGGCAAAGCAUUCCCUCGUAGUGCUAACCUAACACGACACUUACGGACGCAUACUGGUGAACAGCCGUAUCGGUGCAAAUACUGUGAAAGAUCGUUUUCAAUAUCUUCAAACUUACAACGGCAUGUGAGAAAUAUCCACAAUAAGGAGAGACCGUUUCGCUGUCGUCACUGUGACAGAUGUUUCGGCCAACAGACGAAUUUAGACCGGCAUCUGAAGAAACAUGAGGCCGAAAACGGGGACGACAGUCGCAGGAGAUCCCCAGAAGAGACGUACUUCGAAGAGAUCAGAUCGUUUAUGGGCAGAGUUGCGCCCGCGCGGCGAACGACAGCCGCCGCUGCUGCGAGCGCUGCAGAUCACACUUGAUAGUGAUUUGCUACAUCAAUCAUCGCUACAAAAAUCUGGUCGAUGCUUCCAAAUGACUCAAUAGUGUUGUAAAUUUGCUCUCUGACUUGUGAUCGAUUAGUAUUAGCGCCAAGGUAUCCCUUGCCUCAUAUUUCUGUUCUUACUUUAUCUGUGUCAUGUUAAAAUUGUUAACAGAUUCUUUAUAUAUUUAGUUGUAAGAUAAUUCCUAACAGCUCUUACCGCUAUUGUUUUUUACUCUUGGGCGCAGAUAAGACACAUAAAACUAGUUUAAGGUAAUAAGUUGCAAGACGUGAUACGAUAUCUUAUCAUAAACUUUGAUGUACUUAUUGUAAAUAUAGAUAGCUAUUGAAUAUAUAUUCUUUAGAUAGUGAUGUAAUAAAUUUUUAUGAGCUUGGUCAUACCUAGUAAAACAAUCAAAUAUUCUACGUGUUCAGAGUGUUCGCUAUGUUAGAAUAAAUUUAGUAUUGUAUGUGUACGUAGUUAUUUUGUAUUAUUUUGUAAAUUUUGCUUUGUAUGAUGUUAUAUUAAUAAUUUAGUCUGAGAGAAAACGCCGGUUACCAAUAAACAUUAUAACUUGUUGCUUAUUGAAGAUAUUAUAAAUAUUUUUAUUGUGUGUUAGAAAAUAUAUUCAGGGAAUUGUAUCUUUACGUUGGAUAAAUUAUUUUAUGUCUGUAUUAAAUUGCAGAUGUCAGGGGAGGGCCCAAUAAUAAAAAGGUAUUUGUAUCGAGUUGUCAAAAAUAUGUAGAUUGUUAUUCACUUCUCAAACUGCACGUUAUAUCGAAAUAGAAAACCAGAAAAGUAGAGUAAAAAAAGAAAACUUAAGUUGUUUAUUUUACGGUUUAAUUGCCUUUAAUGCUUUGCUGAUUGCCGCCGUAAAUGUAAGUUCACAAGGUCUAAUUUUGUACUAUUUACGUGUAUCUAAAGGCGACAGUAUUGUCAUCUUCGUGUAUAUAAAUCCCAUCUGAGUAAGAUUCAGAAACGAGACUAAGAGCGCCUCGUAUGUCAAAAUUCAAUAAUACAGACAUGCAGAAGUAACGCUAAGUCUACGUUUCGAAUGUCACCUUAAGUUUUGACAUGUGUCAAGACAAUCGAUACAAAUGCCAUAGAGCCCAACGUUGUUAAGUUUCAAAUUAUUAUUCAAAAUCACAUUGUAUAUAAAAUUCUAUAUAAAAACUGUUGUAACGUUUAUUAUCUAAAUUUUACUAAAUUAAGUAAUAUGAAUCUGUGAUUUUAUUUAUUUACUUUUGAAAUUUUCGAUUUAUUCCGAACAGUUUUAGGACGAUGCCUCUCGAAGAACUAAUUUAAACGUUCCUCUAAGUAUAGAUAGAUCUCUAUUAAAUGUUACGAGUAUGAAAUUCUAUAUUGUAAUUAAAAAAUAUUUCUUCUAAUACAUUUAAAAUUCCUUACUGUUGAUAAAAAUAAUAAUUUAUUAAAUACAAAUUAAUUCUUAAUUCAGUUUAAAAGUCUCGAAACAUAUUUAAAAAGAUAUAGUUUUUCGAAGUUAUUUCGGUUCAAAACCCACAGUUUAUGAUUAUUUCUGUCACAAAACAUAGGAUUGGAGAUGUAAAACAAAAAUCGAAGUGAUGAUUAUGAUCGGUCAAAUGGUAAGACGCAUGACGCGACUCUGUGAUUGGACUAGAGAUACCGCUGACCAAUCAAAAUCAAACGAAGCCGUCUUAUCUUCUGUUUUACAACCCCACAUACAUAAUCUCUACAUCUAAGCCUACCGACUAUCAUCCGUAAGUAAAAUAUAAUAACCGCAUUUUCCUUAACAAGACGUUACCCUGUAAUAUAGAAUACGUGUGCCUUACUAUGUUAAUACUCGUACCAAAAUUAUUUUUUUAUGAGAUGCUAUUUAACUUAUGUAGUAUAAGAAAUAGAGAUUACUUCAUUUUGUACUUUUCAUACCUAUUAGUCGUUCAAAGGUCA